UGCCCCGACGACCCAAAUAAAUGCAAUAGACAAGAUGACAACAGUUAAGUCCAAAUCGGUGGACCUGGAGGGAUAUGUUAUCAUUGUGGCCCAGACCAAAGAUAACAAAGUCAAGUUGUACGGAUCUCCGUCGGCCGGCAAUAUGGACAACCUGGAGCUCGCCGACGAAAUCCUGGAUGUGAACGAAACGAGGCUGGACGAGAUGAACCACACGGAUGUCAUCGGACACAUCCAUAAGUGCAUCUCGUCCUGCCUCAUCAAACUCCGGGUGAAACGACGUAGCGAGACCAAACUAUUAUCAGACAUCGGACUCAGCAACAUCCAGGAUGCCUUCCUCAUCGCAGUCGAGGAGCAGGCGGCGCAGCGCCUGCAGCGGCUCUCGGCCCUCAAGCGGAUCACCCCGGUGGACAUGUCCAAGCUGUCUGUAGAGUUGAAUCGCCGAAAACGAACGCAGCCCGAGAACAGACAAGAGCUGAACGGCUACAUCGGUAACUCUACCGUCUACGUGACCUCCAUCAACGAGGACGGAGCCAUCGAAGCCAAGCCCACCAUCUCCUCCCCAAAAUCACUCCCCAAAUCCCUCCAGGCCAAACCCACCCCUAUCAUAGCUAAUGGAAUAGAAAAAGAACCUAUCAAAGAAGUGGUUGAAGUUAAAGUGGAACCCGAGAAACAUGAGAAGGACAUUAGUGAGAAAAGUUUGAAAAUUAAAGUGGAUAGUGUUGAUAGUGAAGUGAAUAGUGAGAAGGAUCCGUACAGUGUUGCUAGGGAGCAUCUCAGUAACGGGAGGUGCGAGAAGCUGAUCGGAGAGCCUGAUUAUAAGAUCAGAGCGUCUGCUGUUGUGGAGAAUAAUAAGCUUGGACCAGGGGAGAAAGGACCGCGGCGCCGCUCGGGCUCGAGCAUCGUGGUGCUGGGCGCCGAGGACGAGAAGCGACCGCCGCCGGAUGACGACAAAGACAUGCUUACUAUGCUGUCCCUCUCCGCAGACACCGGUCCUCACCGCGAGAUGGCGGUGGAUGUCCCGGACAGCUUCAUCGCGCGCAACAAGACGCCGCCGCGCUACCCCCCGCCCCGCCCGCCGCAGGUACGCCUGCGCCCCUCCAGGGACGACGAGACCCUCCUCCUCUCAUCCGGAUCCGGCACCAGCUUCGGCAGCAAGCACUCCGUCCUGCAAACAGCUGUAGACUCCGGACCCAGCUCCGACGGAUCCAGCUACAAAAACAACAGCACCAUCGAACUCCUCUCCGGACCACAGAGCUCCGAAGGAUCAAGCUUCGGAAGCAAAAAAUCGAAAGGCUCAUCAGAAACAGCCAAAUGCGAGCUCUCCGACAGAGGAUCCGUUGCAUCAAAUACAACUCACACUUUAAGCGACCAUAAGAUCCAAUUACUCAUAUCUAAUGGCGACGAUUCUUUGAUAGAUUGUAGAGAAGGCGUCUCAUAUUCGGCCCGCACGGAUUCCGUCCUCAUUCGAGAAGCGGUCUACGCGUCAUACAAACUUCCUCCUGGCUUCGAUACGACGCCAGUUCUCCUCGGGAGGGAAGUGGCCGUGGACGUCCCGGAUUCGUUUGUCCAGAUCGUGAAAACCACUCCGAAAUAUCCGGGUACCGUGGACAGAAAGAGCUUGCAGCAGGUGAACGGCACAGCGAAGACCGCCGCCCCCGCCAUCCCCCCGCGGGAGGCGCCCCGCGACGCGCCCCCGCGGCCGCCCGCGCAUGACGUCACCAAGGAGCAGAUGGAGUCUAUCAAGAAAUAUCAGGAACAGCUCAGACAACGCAAAGAAGCGGAGGAGCGCGCGGCGGCUCAAAACGAGUUCCUGCGAACGUCGCUCCGCGGGUCCAACAAGCUCCAAGCCUUGGAGUCCACGCCCACUGGUGGGACCGCCUUCGUCAACGAUGCCUACGACCCGUACGAUGACGAGCUUGAUGGCGAAUCGACGCUUUACAAUAUUGUCGAUUACCAAGAAGUAUCAGCAGCGCUCACUCGCAUCCAAAAGGCGCUGGGGUCGGCCGGGGAGUCGGCGCUGGCGGCGCGGGUGGCGGGCGCGGCCAGCGCGCUGCUGUGUCCGGAGCUGCGGACGGCUCUCUGGACGCGGACCGCCGUGCUGACGGCGGCGAGGCAUGAGAGGCCGGGGCUGGCGCCCCCUGUUACGCAUAGGGCCACGGAGCGGCUAAAAGAAUGUAUGGACGUAGUAGGCGCUCAUACAACAACGGGCGGCGUGGCGGCCGCGCUCUGUGCCGAGCUGCUAGCCGCGCUGGGCAGCUUGGAGCUGGAGUCGCUUCUGCAAGCGCACGACCAGGCUGCAGCACUGCUGGACCCGGCUAGCUUCACGAGGAAGAGAACUAAGACUGGCAACAAUCUAAAUCACAAAGACGAGAAAGCUUUAACUGCGCCCGACGACCCCGGCGAACACAUCAAAAUCAUCAAAAUAGAAAAGACUAAUGAACCACUUGGUGCUACAGUGAGAAAUGAAGGAGAAGCGGUUAUUAUCGGUAGGAUAGUGCGCGGCGGCGCGGCCGAGAAGUCAGGGUUAUUGCACGAGGGAGAUGAGCUUUUAGAAGUAAACGGUGUGGCUAUGCGAGGGAAGUCAGUCCACGAAGUGUGUCAAGUGCUGGGUUCGUUAUCUGGCACGUUAGCCAUGGUGGUGGCAGUGAGAGGAGAACGUGUGAGGCCCCCUGCGCCGCGCGUGCUACAUGUGCGGGCCCACUUCGACUACGAUCCGGAGGACGAUGUGUAUAUACCUUGUCGGGAAUUAGGUAUCAGCUUCCAAAAAGGAGACGUGCUGCACGUGAUCAGCAGAGAAGACCCGAACUGGUGGCAGGCGUUCCGCGAAGGCGAGGAGGACCAGACCCUCGCCGGCCUCAUUCCCAGCCAAGCCUUCCAGCACCAACGGGAGUCCAUGAAGCUGACGCUAGCGGGCGAGGUGGCGGCGCGGGACAAGCCGCGCAAGGGCGGCACGCUGCUGUGCGCGAAGAAGCCGCCGCGCAAGAAGAAGGGCAAGAAGGCCACCAGCGAGGCCGGCUACCCGCUCUACUCCACCUCCACCGGCGAAGGUGAGGAUUACGAACAAGAAGAAAUCCUGACGUACGAAGAAGUGGCACUAUACUACCCGCGGGCGUCACAUAAAAGGCCUAUAGUCCUAAUCGGGCCUCCCAACAUCGGUCGACACGAGCUCAGGCAAAGACUAAUGGAAGACAGUGAGAGAUUCGCAGCGGCUGUACCACACACGUCAAGGCCGCGGAAAGACCACGAGGUGCCAGGCCAGGAUUACCACUUCAUCUCACGCACGCAGUUCGAGGCAGACAUCCUGAACAGGAAGUUUGUGGAACACGGAGAGUACGAAAAGGCUUACUAUGGCACAUCCUUAGAAGCGAUCCGCGAAGUGGUCAACUCCGGGAAGAUCUGCGUAUUGAACCUACAUCCGCAAUCGCUCAAGAUCCUGCGGACCUCGGACCUCAAGCCCUACACGGUGUUCGUGGCGCCGCCUAGCUUGGAGAAGCUCAGGCAGAAGAAGAUCAGGAAUGGAGAGGCUUUUAAGGAGGAGGAGCUAAAAGAGAUAAUAGCGACGGCGCGAGACAUGGAGCUGCGCUGGGGGCACCUGUUCGACAUGAUCAUCAUCAACAACGACACGCAGCGCGCCUACCAGCAGCUGCUCAACGAGAUCAACAGCCUCGAGCGCGAGCCGCAGUGGGUGCCGGCGCACUGGCUCAAGCACACCUAGCACUCGCCUGCCGUCCGCGCACACCUGCACACCGGGAGUGUAGGAGCACAUCUGCACACCAGGAGUGUAGGAGCGUGCCGAGACUGCAUAGUCCGUGCUACACCUGAACGCGCAGUAAAGACUAGCAGGACCGAUCUAGCCGACGCGUUCAAAUUUAUCCUGGUCAUAGAAAUCGUGAAGCGAAUGGUUUUACAUUUGCUCGUCUACUUCCACGACUCCUGGAGUCGGCUCGGGCGUAAAGUUAGAGUAGGUAAUAGUCGCGCUUCCCGUUCGGGGCGGAGAUUGUCUCCCGCGUGAUUUUUUAUAAUUGUGUUUUCGUUCGUGACGGUUUGGUGGUUUCGAUUUUGGACGAUUCCGUUCUAUUGUUUUUGAUGUCGUGUGUAGGUUAAGGUGCGAUGCUUAUGAACGAGUAGAAGUUGUAUAAAAUGUACGAGAGAAAUAGAGUCAUAUUUAUUAUCAGCGACGAUAGUUGACCGCGUUUCGUAAGUCGAUAGUCUCCGAUUCAUAAUUUACUGGGCAAUAAUAUUCACUGUCGUCGGAUUAGGUUAAGUUUGUGCAUACGUGAUGUAUAAAAUAAGGGUUUUCUCAUACGUGACGCGGAUUCUUUUGGAUAUUAACAAAAUAUACUGCCUUAGCCUUACUCAAUAAAAGUUAUGUAAUUUUAAUAUCGUUCGGAGUUUUGGGCGUCAAACUGUUAGAAAUAGGUAGGUUAUUAUAAUAAAUCAUUCAAGUUUUUAAUUAAACUUUCUCGGCCAGUGGUUGAUUAGGGUGACCAUUCGCUGGAUAUAUAUUACAAAUUAUUUAAAAUUCAAAGUAAAAGCUUUGUUUAAAACUGAAAUGUAAAUGCGUUUUGUUUUUGGUGUUUUGGUAUGACUGUCCAAUUGAUGUUCACCGUAGUUUUAGACCACUGCCUUUCAUCUGUUUUAGUAAAAGUAAAUUAUAAAAUGUAAGUCAUAUUGAAUGGGGGUUCUAGAAGUGACUGCAACAGAGUAGAGACUAUGGACUUCGACAUUUUAGUAAAAAAUUCCGAAGUGGCGUUCUUCAGUACUCUUCGAUAUGACUUAUAUUAUAAUUAAUUUUCUGUUCAAUAUGUUUCAUAAUCCGCAUUUUGUAGUUUUGACUGCGGGUAUUAAGUCGAUAACUCACUUCGGUAGACAAAAAUAAGAGAGAAACCUUUUGCUGUAAGAAUCGUAGUUUAUUGUUUAAAACAGGGCAUGUAGUUUAGUCACUCGAAACAAUCAUUCCUUCCAUCUGGCGUAGCCAAAAUAAAUAGUUGGCGAUACACCUUAUUAUGGGCCUUAAUUUUAUAAACCUUCAAGUUUUACCAACCUAAACUGGCAACACCAGUCAAAAAGUCAAUUGAGUCAGUGUUGCCAGUUAAGUUGAAAUUCAUCAUUUUUAUAAAAUAAGUAAAUUCACAGAGAAUAAAUAUGAUGCACACUGUCAAUAAAUAUUGAUGAAAAUAAUAGAAUAAAUCCUAUAAAUGGAGAAAAAUAAUCAUUCGCUACUUUAAUAACUCACUCAAUAAACUUAAUUCACGGGUAAGAAAACUUAUUCAUAACACGCAGACUGCAGUAUUUUUGUCCAUUUUAAAAAAGCCUCUUUAAAAAUCGUGCUAGAUUUUAACACUCCGUUGUUACGAAAAAAAAAGAACAGUGCUGAGAAAACGUAAGCUGUAAUAUGUAACCAUGUUAUAAUAAUUUUGCAAUGUUAUGAAGUUUAUAAUAACUUGAUGAUGGUCAAACAAAAAACUAUGCCAAAAAUAAUUUGACUACCAUACCAUACCAUGAAAAUCACGUGAUAACUUUCAGCUUUGCAACAUUUUGAAAUUAAAUUCCACAUUUAAAUGUAACUACGUAAUCAAUUAAUGAGUGGAUAAAAAGGCACGUGAUAGUUAUCAGUUGAUAUUUCAUAGAUUUUUAAAGAAUUGAUCAUUGUUUUUCGUGAAAGAUACUGAUGUAAUGUAAAGCUGCAUAGUAUCUUAAUCUAUUGACUAAUUCAUUCAGUAAUUGUAUGUUCAAAACGUCGCGCGUAAAAUAAAUGGUUAAAAAAUGAAUAAUACAAGGUGGUUAGACAAUAUCCGUUAAAAUGACAUUUUUCAUGCUUCGUGUAGGUAUUUAAAUGUCAGUAUUUUAAUGGCACUUCUGAGUGCUUACCUCGAACCACGAAGUUUUGCGAUACAUCAAUCGUGGUUCGCGGUAGCCCUCCUAAUACGCAAAGCUAGGAUUACCGCCUUUCCUUCAAAAAGUAAUAAGCGUUUGACAUGAUCUGUCAUUAUGACUGACAGUGUCUAUCCCCUUAGGCUUGCUCAGACAAGUCUUAAAAACAAUAAAUGAAUCGGAAUGAAUUAGAUCGAAAUCGUUAGUGAUAAUACCGCUAAAAAUGACAUUAAGAUUAUACAAUACAAUACCUAUUUCUCUAUUGCCAAAUUUAUACCUUAGAUCUUGAAUAGGGUUUUUGAAAACUUUCUCCAGUAGUUGUGGGUCUUCUCUUAAAGAAAUGAAUUGUUGUAGGAAAAUUUAAAAAAAGUCUUAAAAAAACAAUAAAUAUACCGAACACUGCUGUUAGUGAGUAGAAAAGCAAUAAUUUGUAUCCGUAUAACCGAUGCCUACUGUACAACAACAUAUCUGAUUUUUAUAGUAUCUAUUUCAAAUAAUAAAAGUAUGUCUAUUGGCACUGUUUCUAGAAAUGGUAAAAACACCAAGGGACCUUUCGGUUGAUAAUGAUGAUGAUGAUGAUGUGAUCCUGUUAUCCCUCACUGGGGACAGGGACAUAGGGCUCUUAAGAAGAAUCUUCCACUUUUCACGAUCCUGUGCGGCUAAUUCCAAAUCCUUCCAGCGUAGUCCACCUGCGCCAGCCUCCUUCUCCGCUGAUCGCCUCCACGUGGUACCAGCAGAGACCCAGACCCUUCAGAUUAUACUUUUUUUUUAAUUCGAAGAAAAACACUUUUUUUUUCAAAGAUUCCACAAAGAUAAUAUAAAUGUGUGUUUUAAUAGCCCGAAUAAUCAUUCUGGAAAGUUGGAAACUGUGGAAUACACCUAGGUUCUCACCUAUUUAUAAUAGGUGCAAAUCACUUUCAUAUAGAGAUCGAGCAUUAAGAAUUGUGUAGUGUAGCUAAUUGAAUAUCACUGGAUAUUCUAUAAAUAGGAUCUAGAUCUUCACAAUUAGGUAUUAAUACCUAACAAGUACUAACAACCUCCAAUAAUGUACCUAUUUAAAUAUAGAGUCGGAUUUCCAUAAGAUUGUCCUGCAUCUUUUGGUUUCAACGAAUGGUCCCACAUUAAAAUCUUCUGAAAAUAGUGCCGUGCUACGUUAUCGAUUCCUUUUAGGCGCAUUUACCUCUUUACAAGAUACUAGGGUAGUUGCGUUACUGUGUUAUCGCUUGACCGAUUCAGAAAUUUUUAACAUUUAUAGUCGUACUUAUACAUCACUAUUUUAGAUGGCGUGAAUAAAUGCAAUACUUAAACUUUACGACACAAUAUUCUAAA